AGCGAGACAGCAGGGCAGCGAAGGGGCAGGGGCGGAUGCAGCACAAGUAGAGAAGCAAUAGAGCUUUUUGUUUUGCAGCUUGAACGAACUCGAGCCCAAACCUCCGCACGCCCCCCCCUAGUGCAGGAUAAAUGAUGAUGAUGAUGAUGCUGAAGUACAACUUCCGGAUGCGUUUAGUUUAGGUUUCAGGAUUUAGGUGGAUAUGAUCCACUUAAGUACAACUUACUCGAGUCUGGGACUUGGUCUUCUUAAACGUCGCAGUCCUUGUCAAAUCUCUUUCUAUCGGACCUGGAGAGCAGUACUUCUAUGUGGGCAAGUUUGAUGAUGAUGACGGCACCCUCCUCAACAUGCACGUUCAUGAACAAAUACUUACUUAAUUAUCUCCUUCAGGUUGAGUCCGAAAGAAGCGCGCCGCCGCGGCGGGCCAGCGUAAUAGUUCGCCAUUUGUCCACGAAAUUUGACGCAGAGGCCUUCGAAAAGGCCAUUGAAAAGUCGUUGCAGAAGCAAAGUCCGCAGCAGGCACCGGAAAGCCUAGCCUACUGCUGCACGCUGAAGGGGCCGAAAACAACUUCUAGGAAACAAGAAUCAGGGGGACAACACCUACAUCAACAACGGGAGCAGCCUUUUUCCCCUCUCGCUUCUCCUGCCGGAGCUGCGGGACUUCCCGGCUCUUACCUGCAGCCGAGGUCGAGCGUGAUUCUGCAGGUUUUGCACUUCAACCAGUGGAGCUACAAGACUUUUGGGUUUCUGCUGCAGAAACUGCACAGCUCCUUUUCCACCACCGGGUUUUUCAACACGAUCUCCGGGUACCGGCAAGUGUUUUCGGACCACCAGGGGGACUUUAUCACGAGCCUGGCGGACGCGGGCGUGAAGCGUUUAGCGGUGGAGGUGCGGGGGAACACGUACAAGCACGAUUUUUCCGCGGAAACCACACUGGAGAUGCUAUCGUAUUUAAAAACGUCCGCACCCCAGAGUUGUAAAUGCAAAUCGGCAUGCUGAAAAUGUUUCUCAUACGGAUCCCCAUGAGAAGCAUUUGCUAUUCGCGUUUUGAAAUUUGUCAUGCUCCAAUCAGCAUGAUAUCCUAGACUUGUGAUGCUGCUGAACUACCGCAAACAGCACUACACUACGAGUCCGAAUUUGUCAUGCAAAACAGCCACAAGCUUAGCUUGUGGAUUUGUCUAGCCGAUUCCCCAUCUUGACUAUGGUGUGGGGACGUUUUUACAUAGGAUAGAUGCACGCGGGCCGGAUGUACACGCCGCAAAUGCAGAACGUGAUCAACG